AUGGCGGCUACCCUGGAGACAAUGCCCACCGAAGAGCCGGCAGCUCGGGCGCCGGUUACCCUCGAGCGCAUGCGGCCCGUGAGCCAGACGGUUGAGUGCCCGCACUGUGGAAAGGUGGUGAAAACGACCGUCGAGGGUCGCGGGAAGGGUAUGCAGCGCUUCAUGGAUAUCAUGUUCUGGCCUUUGCCUGGCCGUCGAAACUGGUGGGAGACUACCACCUGGCGUUGUGGUGAUUGUGCGGCAGCGCUGGCAUCGCAAAAAAAUGGCAAGGAUAUCAAGGUGCUUAAAUGA